GACUACGCUGUUUCCUUAUCACAUCAUCCAUUUAUUUCUUCACUUUUCUCUAUCUAUUGAAAUGAUCAUAGCGUGGACUUUGUCUUAUUGCCUCACACAACACAACAAAAAACAACUUCAUAUUUGUAGACUUUUCAUAAUUUUUAUUCACAUACACCCUUUUCUUCAUUCUGUGUUUUUCCUUCAUAAGUUUUGUUGUUCUUGUUCUUCCUUUAGGAUACAUAACAAUAACAAAGAUAGAAGAAAAGAAAAAACAUAAUUCAUCAUGGGAAAUUGUUUCAGAAAACCAGUUUGUCAUGUUUCUUCAACAACUUUAUUUGGAAAUACAAAGCCUCAAAGUAAGACAAAGCAAACUUCAAAUUCUCCUGAUGAAAACACCGAAUUGAAAACUUCAGCAACAAAUGAUGACGUAUCCGUCUCCAAUGAUGUUAAGUCUUUCAGCUUCAAUGAUCUAAAAGAGGCGACUAGGAACUUCCGGCAAGAAAAUUUAAUUGGUGAGGGAGGGUUUGGUUUUGUCUUCAAAGGAUGGAUAGAUGAGAACACCGGCGCUCCUACAAAACCAGGAAAUGGAAUUGUAGUUGCCAUUAAGAGGCUUAAACCAGAAAGUUUUCAAGGUCACAAAGAAUGGCUUGCAGAAGUUAAUUAUCUAGGCCAACUUCACCAUGAAAAUUUGGUGAGGCUUAUUGGUUACUGUUCAGAAGGGAAAAACAGGCUUCUAGUUUAUGAGUUUAUGCAGAAAGGAAGUCUGGAAAAUCACUUAUUCAGAAAAGGUGUUCAACCGAUUUCAUGGAUGACACGGAUCAAUAUUGCGAUUGGUGUAGCAAGAGGACUAGCAUUUUUACAUUCCCUUGAUGCAAAUGUUAUUUAUCGCGAUUUAAAGGCUUCCAAUAUCCUACUUGAUUCGGAUUUCAAUGCAAAUCUCUCGGAUUUUGGCUUAGCAAGAGAUGGUCCAACCGGAGAUAACACUCAUGUUUCAACUCGAAUUAUCGGAACUCAUGGUUAUGCUGCACCAGAGUAUGUAGCCACAGGUCAUUUAACAGCAAGGAGCGAUGUAUACAGCUUCGGCGUUGUCUUGUUAGAGUUACUAACAGGACGACGUGUGGUUGACGAAGAUAGACCUGGAUACUCGGAAGAGACGCUUGUGGAUUGGGCAAUGCCUUUUCUAAGUGACAACAGAAGAAUAUUGAGAAUCAUGGAUACAAAGUUAGGUGGUCAAUACUCGAAAAAAGGAGCACAAGCUGCAGCUGCACUUAUUCUAAAUUGUGUUAAUACUGAUCCUAAACAUAGACCAACUAUGGUAAAUGUUUUAUCGGCAUUGGAAGCGUUACAUUCGUCAAAUUCAUUUCCAAGGACACCAAAAUCUGGAACUGAUAAUCAUCAUCAUGGAACCAAACAUUCUAGUCAUCAUCAUCAUUCACAUAAGUCAAUUACUAAUAAUAAUAGAAAACAUUGAGAUGCUUUUAUACUAUACUGUAGUAUUAUGGUUGGCUGUUUCAUUAUGGAACGAAGGGAACAAUUUUCAUGUAGUUAUUGAGAGGUAUCACACUAUGCUUAUGCAGCAACAUUGUUAGCUGUCUUAGACAGCUAUGGAUGAAAAAGCUUAGACUUAUAAUUUUUAGACCAUUAUAAUCAUUAAAUAUUCAUUCAAUUUAUAGAUA